AUGAACAUGUAUACUCACGAUGGUGCAUCUGUGGGAGGCGGUUUCGAGCUUUCAGAGCCAUCCUACUAUAGACCUGUUCCAGUGAGUCGUCCAAAGCUAGUCGCUGCACUUUACGAAUAUGCGGUGUCUCCGGAUAUCCCUAUCAAAUUCGGCAUGCGUGUAGUCAAUUACGAAGAAUCAGACGAAACAGGAGGAGGAACAGCUAUCACCGACAAGGGAUAUCGUUUCGAAGUAGAUAUCGUUAUUGCUGCUGAUGGCAUAAGAUCAAAAGCCGAGAAGAUAAUGACGGGAAAGCACAUUGAGGCCAUCAGUAGUGACUGGUCAAUCUACAGAGUCACGCAUCCCACCAACAUCCUUCAGCAAAUUUCUUUUCUUGCUAAAGCAUAUUCUUUCCAAGACAGCGAUCGUGACUACUGUGAGGUCUUCAUUAGCCCUGAAGGUCAGGCAAUUGUGCUGAUAUCUCGCGAGCUGACCACUUGGAUUUUUAAACAUGUGGAUCCAGAGCAGGCUGAAGAAACUUGGUCUACCCGGCUUAAUGCCUCAGAUGCUUUGAAAUCUCUUGAGGACACAGGUCUUGAAUGGGAUAACAAAGCAUUAGCCGUGAUAUCGCAGACUCCACCAAACACCGUUGUCGACUACAAGGUGACUUGGAGGGAUCCCAAUCCUGUUUGGACUUCACGGCUGGGUCGAGUGGUGAAGAUCGGAGAUGCAGCCCACUCGAUCAUACCAAACUCCUCCAAUGGUGCUCCUCAGGCCAUGGAAGACGGCCAAUCCUUAGCCGCAUGCCUGAGGCUCUUUGACAAGCACAAUAUAACUCUUGCUACGCGAAUGCACACUAAGCUACGGUUUGAACAGACCUCUUGUGCCCAGAAGAAUGGAUUUAAGAAUAGAGAGAAGUGGGAAAAUGACAUUGAGGAGGCGCGGAAAAAUCCUUUGCUACCGCUCGGUCAAUUGGCCGUUGGCUUAGUGACCACGAUCCCGAGCAAUACGUCUAUGACAACUGGUGAUCAUGCUUGA